GCAGCGCUUCCGCUUCCCGCCGGUGCGGCGGCCGAGGGGGCUGCGCUUCCCUUCCCUCCGCCGCGGCGGCACGGCGGCCAUGGCCAGCUACACCAAGGCGGCCCAGCAAUGGGCUACUUUUGCCAGAGCCUGGUACCUCCUUGAUGCAAAGAUGCAGCCACCAGGAAAAAUAGCAGCUGCGACUGUAAUCAGACUUGAAGGCAGGCAUAAACCUAUUUAUCAUGCACUAAGUGACUGCGGAGAUCAUGUUGUCAUAAUAAAUACAAGACAUAUUGCCUUCUCUGGUAACAAAUGGGAACAGAAAGUAUAUUCUUCACAUACUGGCUAUCCUGGUGGUUUCAAACAGGUGACAGCAACUCAGCUCCAUUUGAAGGACCCAACCGCUAUUGUUAAACUGACUGUUUAUAGAAUGCUUCCAAAAAACCUUCAGAGAAGAACUAUGAUGCAGAGGCUGCACCUGUUCCCAGAAGAUGUUAUUCCAGAAGAUAUACAGAAGAAUCUUCUACAAGAGAUUCCUCAGCCACAUGCAGUCCCCAAGAGGUUAGAUGAAUAUACACCAGAAGAAAUUGCUGCCUUUCCGAAGGUUUGGACUCCACCUAAAGAUUUUCGAAGGAAGUAAUAACAAUAAAAGAAGAACCACCAUCAGGAACGUCUCUCCUCGAAAAAAACAUGGAAGCAUCUGCACAUCUCAGUCAGCCCUUCUGCACAGAAUGGUUUUGACAGGUGUCAGCAAACUUUAUCUGGAGAGAUGAUGAAAAUCAUUUUAUUUGAAACAGCUAAGAGUGGAUAUUAUGUUGUUAAUGCCACCAGUACUCUGUGCUGUAUGAGCUGGUAUUUGUUAAUUACAUUUGCUUUAAUACUGUUAUUAAAGAGUUGAUACACUUUCAAUGAA